AAUCGUACAGGAUCGGAAGACAUGAUGUCGCCCGACGUACUUAUCAGCGCAACGUGCCGUAUCAUCUGCCAGGAUGUAAAUAAAGCGCCGCUCAGCUGACCAGCUCGCUCUGAAUGAGCAACGUCGUCGUGAGACUCGCAAUAUGCGUGUAGCCGAUUACGUGACGACCACCGGCCCGACGAGCAACCAAAGAUGAACGUCCCAUUGUAUGGCGUUCUCGGAGCUGCGGCGACUCUGCUCGCUUACAUCCUCGGCAUAGGAACGGUCGUGAAGCUCCUUGUCUGUUUGCUUGCGUUAAUUUUAGGGGCAUUGACCUGUAUAUAUAGAAUGUACGCUCCGAAUCUCGACGAUGUAAUUAGGUCUGAAAGGGAAGACUUAACUAAGAAGACUGAAAAGUUCCGACAGUAUAUAUUAGAUCUAUCUAAGGAAAGAAUGACAUUCACGUUAGACAGAAGAAUAACCGGUAGUCGUAUCAUUGAUGAAUCCCUGCAAGAAAUCUUGGAUUUUCUCAUCAGAGAUUAUGUGGAGCCGUGGUACACCGUUGUUACGGACGAUGAAGAAUUCAUUUAUUCUGUGCGAGACACUGCUCAAAAAAUCGCCAUUAAUGUCGCAAAUCGGGUCAAGAGCGUCGAUUGGAUACCCUACUUGACGACGCGACUCGUCGACGAUGCAGCCUCGCACGUGCGGCUGUAUCGGCAAGCGAGCGCGAGAAUGAAGCAAAUACGAUCGAACAGGAUGCAGAAAGGUAGCGCGAGCUCGAGCACGUCGGGCGGCACGCCGAAGAAGACGCCCACACACCGGCGUAACAAGAGCGAGACCGACGUGUCCUGGUACUCGCAGUCGAAGUUUUACAUACCGAACCUGUCGUCGCUUACCGAGCCGAUCGAGUCCGGCGACGAGAAGGAGGACGAGUCUCUGGAAAAGAUAUUUUUCGAUCUCGAGGUGCAGAUGGAGAGCAACCUGAUAUGCAGGGACUUGGUAUGCACGAACGACACCCAGGAGCUGGAGUUCCUGGGCGAAAUAUCGGAGAUCCUGCUGUACCUAGUACUGCCCAAAGCAGACUUCGAUUGUUUAACUGUGAGAUUUAUCUUAAGGGAAUUGUUAGUGAACGUUAUAAUCAGACCGUUGUUGGAUCUGUUCUCCGAUCCUGAUUACAUUAAUCAGGCAUGUAUAUGGCUGUGUACUAAGGAGAGUGGCUUACCAAGUGAUGUCUUUUUAACAGUGAUUAGAAUAACGGAUAAUUUAGACGAAUUAAUGGCGACGAAGAAUAUAAUUUGUAAAGAGAUAGCACACCUGCGCUCGAAAGACUCGGGCGGUGAGGACGAUCUGUCAGUGAAGCAGCAAUUGAACAGUCUGCUCUACGUGAAGAAGAUCCUGGAAACGAGGAUCAUCGGCAUGCAAGAGGGCCUGGAAACAGAGACCGAUGGGAUCGGUGCCCAGCCGGAAUGGAAUAGAUUGCUUAUGCCUGGCCAAAAACUGGUCAAUUUGCCGUUGGACGAGCUUUUGAAGAAUAACAUCGCGCUGAGUUAUUUUAUCGACUAUAUGACCUCCAUUAACGCAGAAGCGUACCUAUUCUUCUACCUGAAUAUCUACGGAUGGCGGGUUUCGGCUGAGCAACAGAUAUCGGAUAUGGAAUUGCAGAAAAUACAGAGCGGCCAAUCCGGGAGCGUAGCCGGCACUAGACGUAAAAACGCAGACUUGGACAAUCUGAAAGAGGCAGCCACGAAGAUCUACCAGCAGUAUCUUAGCGACAAGGCGUCGCCAAAGUUGCAGUUGGACGACAUGCUGGUGAAGAGUCUGUUGACGAGAACAAGGACCGAAUCGGUGAAGGAGACUUGGUUCGAUGAUUUGCGCAGCUGCUGCUAUGAGAAACUGCAAAACGAGGACAGAUUCUUGCCUGGGUUCAAGCGCUCGUUGGCUUACGUCAAACUGCUAGCCGAACUAGAUCUGCUAAAAGAUCCGGUGUCCGAGGACGACACAAAGUCCUUGGACAGUAUAAGUCUAUCCAGCACGAACAACGAAUUGGACACUUUGGACGAGUUGUCGGAGACAUACAAGAUGUCCGAUGACGCAAGACUCACGGUCGCAAAAGAGGGAGCUACGAAGUCGAGUUCUGCCUCAAGUCUAGCAAGCAUGGGGGAGAUGAAUGAAGGUAGAGUGUCCGACGAGAUCGAUGGGGACGCGUACAGCAAUCUGAAAAGCACGAAAAUCACGCGCAAGAGCUCCGCCACGGAGAUCGAUCAGAUCGGUGAGAAGAAGGAUAUUUCGUUUUACGUUGAGACGAAUGCAGAACAAUUCGUCAAGCUGGACGAGAACGACUACGAUCAGAACGCGAUCAAGAAACUGCAGCAGGGCCGUUUCGAGAUCACCGCGACGAUAAUAGAGACCGGCAUCGUCAGCGAUCGCGGGAAAACGUACGGGAUCUAUGCCGUGGCUGUCACGAAGAAUUACGAUUCGGGCUAUAAGGAGAAGUGGCACAUAUACAGACGGUACUCCGACUUCUAUGACUUGCAUCAGAAGAUCAAAGAGAAGUAUUAUGAUCUGGCAAAGAUACCGUUCCCCGCAAAAAAAGCGUUUCACAAUAUGGAACGUACGGUAUUGGAAAGACGGAUGUUGAUGCUGAACGCUUGGUUGUGCCAACUGACGAAGCCCGCGAUCGUGGACGGCCAUAUGGGAUUGCAAAAUUUGUUGCUAGCUUUCUUAGAGCAAGGAGACUACGACAAAGGAGUCACUGGCGGGCAAAUCUCUAGAACGAUAGAUACUUUAAUGAAUCCCUUGAAGACCUCCAUGAAAAGCGUCACGCAAGCGGUCAAAACGAUGCCGGACAAUAUGUUGAGCACGGUGGACGGUGUAAUGGACAAUCUGAGCAAAUUCUUCGGCAAUCCUAAGAAAACAAGUAUUUUUUACGAGAAUACCAAAGUCGGCGCCGGUCUUGACACAGAGACAGACGACAAUAUCCCGUUGCGAAUUAUGCUGCUAUUAAUGGAUGAGAUCUUUGACUUAAAAGUACGAAAUCAAUGGUUGCGAAGACGAAUCAUAACACUGUUACGGCAAAUCAUUCGAACGAUGUUUGGAGAUAUAGUAAAUAGAAGAAUAGUGGAGUACGUGUCGUUUUUAACUAGCCCGUCGAAGGUCGCGGGUUAUUUGCGUUUGUUCAAGAAUAGCUUCUGGCCAAAUGGCGUGAAAGCCGAGAGUAAACCGCCACGAGAUACAGAGAUGAAGAACAGAACGCGAGUGGCAGCUAAAGUCGCCUUGCUUUCCUGUCUUUCGGACGAGCUGAAACAUAUCAUAGGCAGCGAGACUACGAGGCGCGGGCUGCUGAGGGUGUUUGAGCUCUUUCAACGGCCCGUACUAAACAGAAGACUGUUGUACGUGUUGCUGGAGGGUGUCGUGGAGACCCUAUUCCCGCAGAACGAUUUAGUGGCAAUUUUCAGAAAACUUUAUUCGGUGUCGCCGAGAGUGAGGAACAAAAACAAGGGGAAAUCCUGAUGGAAGAACAGGAUGGAUUAAUGUCCGGAUGCAAUGGCGCGAGAGCGGCCACGUGAUUAGUCGAGACGACUCACGGGAAAUUAGAAAUCUUGCCGAUUUCUGUCGGCGAUCUUCGAAUAGAGAUCACGUCACGCGUUUUCGGAUAGUUUAGAAAAUUAUGAUAUUAGGAAAAUACUUGUGCGCAGAGUGUGUCCAACGUAACAGAAACAUAUUUAAAAUAUCUACGUGUUCGACCCGUUGGGCUCUUAAUUCGAUUUUAAUCUUCGCUCUUUUUCUCUUUAUCUCUCUAGGACAAAACGUAUUUAUAAAAGUCAAUCGAAUAUUGUUCCUUUAACGACGUGAGAUCAAUCACAUAUCUGGCAGUUAUCGCGUCUUUCGUAGAAAGAAUUUCUGAUUGUUUUCAACACUUUUUUAGAGAAAGUAUAGCUCAAUUUUUUUGUUCUUUUUUUAACAAUAUAGCAAUUGUGAUGCCUGAAUACAAUCGUAACGUGUACUUAAUAUAUGUGUGAGUUUAAUAGACGGCGAACCGACGCGCCCAACUUUUGCAGCGCGGCAGCAGAGAUAGAAAGCGUGCAGUGCAAGCUCGUUAGUCGCGUACUUUUUGAUACUUCAUUAGGUAUCUUUUGGGAUUUAUCGCAAUCUGCGAGAGUCGACCGUGUUAAACCGGCAACAGCUUAUUCGAGCUCAAUGGGUCCUCAAUGAGUCCUCAAUCUCGCUAAGCUUAUUGAGAUAUUACUGAAUGUCGUUCUUUCUCCAAAUAGUCCUCUGAGCUGCAGUGAGCGAAGUGGAUACAUGUCGCCAUUGCAACGGACAACCACCGCCUAGCUUUCGACAGGGAACAAAACGAAAGUCGAACGCUUUCAUAUCUCAAUUAUUUGUAUAUAUUCAAAGAUGCGCACGUCGGAAAAGUUCCGCGCCACAAAUUAAAAAAUAAAAAGAAAACAAUUUGCGCACAUAGUAUAAAAUACAUAACAGAUAAGAUGAUAUUCUUGUGUUUUUAGGAAAAAUAAAUUCGAUAUUUCGUUAAUGCAUUCAAAAAGUUGGACUCUUAAAAAGAAAAAAGGAACCAUAACGAACCAUGAUUUUCCUGUUUGGAUUCAUGUUCGUUGAAUCUCUCAAUAUAAAUCAUUCUCUAUGCACGAUCAUACGAGAAUGUCUUUCCUUACUCCCGCAGAAUACAAAUUGCCCCGUUUCCACGACAUAAACGAACUAAAAUCACUGAUCGCGUGGUGAGAGUGACGCAGGCGGUGCGGAGCUUUUCCAGCGAUAUGCAGCUACUCGAAGUGAUCUAGUGGCCAAAAAGUAUAUAAUAUACAGAUCUGAAUUGCGUAAUUGCGAGCCUGCAAUUCGGGCUUCUACUCCCGUCGGUAUUAUAACGUAGAAUAAUAUGAAGUGCGAACUUCUUGUGAUUAUCUCGUAGGAGAAUGCAAUAAGGUCCACGGGAAAACAUUCCAUUUGCAUUUUAAGCUACACCAGGUAGUUAGAUGAUUGUCCUUUUUACAAUUAUCCUCAAACCACAACACGUGGCACGUAGACGUAAAAAGAAGAAAAGAACACUAUGGCAUCACGCAAUCGUACAUACAUCACAAUCACAACACGAUCUACUUAAAUUCCGAGCGAGUGAAACGCCGCUUAUCUAGACGUAUAAUUUAUCGCAGACGUUAUACUUAAUUUAUAUGCUGGUUUACCCUGGAAGUUUAUUUUUGUGCCAUUUAGGUGCGCGAGUAGUGUCUAUAUUUAUUUUUUAGCAAGAUUACUACACUUUAAUAGUCCCGAUGACACGUUCAAUUGAAAUUAACAGAAACCGAAUCGAUUAUCUUCAUUGAGAGUGCAAAACGCAAAUGUAUAAAAUUGUUGUAUAUUACUCUCUACCGUACGUCUGUAUAUAAAGUUAUUUCUAUCGUGUUAAAACGCCAUACUUACCAUGUUUACUUAUUAAAGGAACUAUUUAUAA